AUGACAGUUAAAUUCAUAAUUCUCUCAGUUUUCGUCGCUGUAGCCAGCUCCAGCCACAUAGGUUAUGGCUAUGGACCCGCUCUUGUAGGAACAAAUGGAGCUAUAUCAACUUAUUCCACUGUUCAACAAGUUCCAUCUGCUCCACUUGCCUUAACAGCUCCAAUUACCUACACGGCUCCAGUAGCUAGAACUGCUCUUGCUGAACCUUCUGCACUAGCCCAUUACGAUUUCGGGUACGCUGUGAAUGAUCCUCAAACUGGAGACGCGAAGAGCCAAUUCGAGUCUCGUCGUGGCGAUGUUGUACAAGGUAGCUAUUCCCUCUUGGAAUCUGAUGGAUCCAAACGAACUGUAGAUUACACUGCUGACGAACAAAAUGGAUUCAAUGCUGUUGUACGCAAAGAACCGGCAGUCAUACAUGCUGUUGCUCCAGUAGUAACCAAAAUAUCUGCUCCAGUUGCUUACACAGCUCCCGUUGCCCCUUGGACUAUAUCUAAAAUUGCCGCUCCAUGGUCUGCUAAAGGAGCUACCUCUAUCACUUCCACUGCCUCUGUAGCUCAUUCUUCACCAUGGAAUGUAGCUAAAACUGCCACAUGGGGUGUUGCUCCCGCUGCUACUCUUGGUUACGUCGCCAAAAGCUACUCUGCUCCAUGGUCUGUUUCUGGAUACACUGCUCAUGUUCCUACAGUUACACGCAACGUUUGGUAA